CGCUUCAAAGUCCCGCACUUGGCCGUAUCUAAAGACAACCUCUUUAGUCACGUCUUCUUAAAACCCCGCUGCUUGUCCUCACAUCUCCUCGUUUGGUUCUGAAUCUCUUCAUCUGCUUCUUCUAUUCCCAUCUAACUCGUCAUGGCCUCACAGAAAGUCACAGACGCCUUGGCGGCGAUCGAGUCGUCUCCGAACCAGCAGAACAAACCACAGCUCUACAAUGACCUUCUCUCGCAGAUUGUCUCUACCUCGUCUGAACAUGAACUCGCUCAAGACCUCAUCUACUACCUCGACUCAAUCCUCAGCGAGAAUAUCAGCAUCGUUGCAGCUCGCCCGCUUCUAGAUGCGUUCAUCAACGUCCUGCGCGACCUCUCCCCGGAAACCAAGGUCAAAGUUGGCCAACACGCUACUACGCUGCUCCAGUCACGGUCUGCAUCGGUGGAAGAACAGGAUUCGAGGAUACGAGAGAUCCUAGCGGAUGCCUAUGAAGCCCAGGAGGAGUACAUCGCUGCGGCGCGGGCGCUGCAGGGAAUCCACCUGGAGAGCUCGCAGCGUCUGGUUUCUGACGACUCCAAGGUCCGGAUGUGGAUUCGAAUCUUGAGGCUAUACCUGGAAGAGGAUGACACGACGAGUGCGGAGGCGUUCUUGAACAAGAUUAAGAACAUGCCCAGCAAGAUCGAGGACCCGGAGCUCAAGCUGCACUUCCAGCUAUCUCAGGCACGUAUCCUCGAUGCCCGUCGUCGCUUCCUGGACGCAAGUCAGGAAUACUAUAAUGUCAGUCUGGCUACUGGAGUCGAUGAGGGGGAUCGCCUGCACGCCCUUUCCGCGGCGAUUAUUUGCGCCGUUCUCGCACCUGCUGGCCCGCAGCGAUCGCGUACGCUUGCGCGACUAUACAAGGAUGACCGUGCGACGUCCGUGGAUGAGUUUGGUAUCCUGGAGAAGAUGUUCCUCGAUCGGCUUCUGACGCCAGAGGAGGUUGCUGCCUUUGCGGAGAAGCUGCAACCACAUCAGCUGGCGCAGACGGCCGAUGGUUCGACGGUGCUGGACAAGGCUGUCAUUGAGCACAAUCUGGUUGCUGCCAGCAAGCUCUACGAGAACAUUACGACGGAGUCGCUGGGUACGAUCCUUGGCCUCAAGGGUAGCGGUGAUAUGACGGCCGCGGAUCAGGCGGAGGCAUACGCAGCGCGGAUGGUGGAGCAGGGAAGAUUGAAAGCGAGCAUCGACCAGAUCGACGGCAUCAUAUUUUUCGACUCAGGGAUCACGGGAGUUGGCAGCACAGGAACCGUAGGAAGAAACCUGCGGUUAUGGGAUGCCGGCGUUCAAGGGUUGGCAGAGGAUGUCGAGCGGGUGGCAGCCAGCAUAUCUGAUGCAUUUCCGGAUUUGGUGGCUGGGCAGAUGGUGCAUUGAGAGAAAUUUACGAGCGACGAUUACAGAUAAUGGCAUAUCGAUAACGAGCCACUAAAAAGAGAACGAUAGAUGUUUAGGAAGGACGAUACCAUUAAUUACUGUGGUCUUUAUAUUCUCCAACAGGAACAGCGUAUUUUCCCU